GACCCCUUUCAAUGGAGGAGUUGAAUUGAGAAGUUAGCCGAGGCAGUAUAAUUAUUAGUUUAAAAGUUUAACUGGGACGGAUUUGGAUUAAUUUGAAUCACCAAAAGAGAGCAAAGCUAGGAAGGUCUUGAGCAACAGCAAGCUGGAAUACUGCUCUUGUUUGGUCCAACAUUUCCAUUUUGUCAAAGAAGGACCUGCAUACAGAGAAUUUAUUCCACAAAUUCAGAAAACAAUAAACUACCAUGACUGUAGUAAUUGGAUUCGAGGGCAGCGCAAAUAAGAUUGGCAUCGGAAUCAUCAAGGAUGGUGAAGUGCUUUCCAACCCUAGACGGACUUACAUUACCCCCCCUGGUCAAGGGUUCAUGCCGAGCGACACCGCCAGGCACCACCGUGCUGUCAUACUGACUGUCCUGAAGGAGGCGUUGGAGCAAGCAGGGCUAAAGCCUGCAGACAUCGACUGUGUGGCGUACACUAAAGGUCCUGGAAUGGGUGCCCCCUUGGUGAUGGUGGCUCUGGUGGCUCGUACAGUUGCACAGCUUUGGGGGAAGCCGCUCCUUGGUGUAAACCACUGUAUUGGACACAUUGAGAUGGGUCGACUCAUCACACAAGCCAACAACCCCACCGUGCUUUAUGUCAGUGGAGGGAACACACAGGUCAUUGCAUACUCAGAGCGGCGGUACAGAAUAUUUGGGGAGACCAUUGACAUCGCAGUUGGCAACUGUCUUGAUAGGUUUGCCAGAGUUAUAAAGAUUUCCAAUGACCCCAGUCCAGGCUAUAACAUAGAGCAGAUGGCAAAAAAAGGGAGUCAGUAUGUGGAGCUGCCAUAUACAGUAAAAGGAAUGGAUGUCUCUUUUUCUGGGAUUUUAUCCUUUAUCGAGGAAGCUUCUCAUAAGAUGCUGAGCUCUGGCCAGUGUGCAGCAGAAGACCUGUGUUUCUCACUACAGGAGACAGUGUUCUCCAUGCUGGUAGAGAUCACAGAGAGGGCCAUGGCUCACUGUGGCUCCCAAGAGGUCCUCAUCGUGGGAGGCGUUGGCUGUAACAUGCGCUUGCAGGAGAUGAUGGGGGUGAUGUGUAAGGAGAGAGGAGCCAAGCUGUUUGCCACGGAUGAACGAUUCUGCAUAGACAACGGAGCAAUGAUUGCUCAAGCCGGCUGGGAGAUGUUUAGGUCUGGUCAAGUGACGGAGCUGGAAGACUCAUGGAUUACACAAAGGUACAGAACAGAUGAAGUGGAGGUGACGUGGAGGAAUGACUGAUGACCUGAGCAACAUCUUGGUACUGGUCUAGUACUCCAGUGAAGGGACUCUUCCAUUCUGGAAAAUAAAUGUUUUUUUCCCCCUAUAAAUCUUUCCCAACUAACCUGAAUUAGUUUUGUGAGAAAAGUUGUUAUAUUUGCAAUUUUUGGAGAUGAACUACGCACUCCUAGCUCAGUCCAGGUGGAGGAGAGGGAAAGUUUACUUUCUGCACACCAUAAUACAUUGUACUGUUCAUCUGAAACAAAACUCCAUGGAGAAGACAGAUGUGACUGACACUUUGACAAGACAUUUUUCUGUACUUUUAUAUUUGAAAUCCCUUUAGUGCUGCCAAUUUGGUGUUAGUUAUCAUGCAAUAUUAAAUCUGAACUUUACAUAAAAAAAACAAAGACAGAAAUGUUCAAGUUUAUUCAUUUUUAUUAAGCAAUACUGUUCACUUACAUUCCUCCUUUCUCCAGUGUAAAUUUUUUUAUUCAAUAAAUUUUCUUUUCAAAAAUCAACAUACUGAACAUGGUAAGAUCCCUUAUGAAUUUAUGAGUAACAUUCACCCGAUUGGGGAACCAAAUAAAAACAAAAAAAGGGACACAGCAUUAAGAUCUGACAGGUAAAGGGUGAACUCUACUGUGCCUUUGACUACACCCCUCUGUAAACUGAAGACACAGGAUACACAAGUCCUCUGCAUACAUUAACCAUAAAACUCUAGCAGGUACAAGACAUUCUUCUUUUUCUAAUCGAGAAGGGGGGAAAAAGAUAAAUCGCUCUGGUGAGGGUUUCUCGCACGCAGGGAUUGGUCACAACAGAUUUUUUUUAACAAAGUGCUUGAUUGACCACUCGCUUUACAGAGGACAAAAAAAAAAAAAAAAAAAAGC